AUCAAAUCUUUUCGAAACAGAGAAUCACAAUUGUACAGCCAAUCUGUCACCGCCGGCGGCUUGCCCGCUGCUGUGUCUGCUACCUUAUUUCAUGUAUAGUCUUUUCGCUUUUCCAUUUUUAGUUCUUUCUCACCUGCCAUUUUCGUGAAAUCAUCUGCUCACGCCAUAAAAAUGACAAAGGAGAGAGGGAAAAUCGAGUCGACACAUCUCCCCUCUAAAAACCCCAGCCAGAGGGUAGCGUUUCUUUCUGAAUUCUGUGUGUGCGCCUAUCGUCUUAAAAGUCUAAAGCCAUUGGAAGAUAUUGAAAAAUAAAAUGGAGAGAAAUUAUGUUGGUAAUGGUUUUCCUGCCUUCAUUAAGGUUUACAGCCCUGAAACAUGCUAUCUCAAGCUGAAAAUUCCGUCGCGCUUUCUUAAAAAUUUGAACGGGGACAUUCCAGUGAUCUCUCUCCUUGAAGUUGAAGGUUCAGCGAGGAGAUCUUGGAGGGUUGUUAUUGAAAAGAUUGAAGAGGACUUCUAUUUCAAGGGUGGUUGGACAAAAUUUGUGCAGGAUAAUAACUUGGAGAAUGAAGAUUAUCUUAAUUUUCUUUAUGCUGGAAAUUCUACUUUUUCUGUAAAAAUAUAUGGAAAGAAUGGCUACUUAAAGCAGGAAUUAAAUGCUAUUGCGGAGCUUGAAUUGCAUCCAUUGGAUGAAGAGAACCCUAAUGAAACCUGUGCAGAGAUACAAGUGGUAUCUCCCUUAGCUGAUGAAGAACUUGAUGGAUCAGAAAAUUCUCUAGUCUCAGUCACUCUUUUUGAAAUUGUCAUGAAGAGAUCCAAUUUUUCAAAGAUGUUGCUGAAUUUACCCUCUACGUUUGGCAAAAAGUAUAUGAAGAGGGGGCACGUGUUUGAGAAAAUGGCUACUCUUCAGACCGAUGGUAAAAGUUGGCCAGUUGUUGUUCGUAGUUCCGAUAGACUCAAAUUGCGAAAAGGGUGGCGCCAGUAUCUACAGGACAAUGAUUUGCAUGUAGGAGAUGUUUUGCGUUUUAAGCUGAUUGAUGAGGAGAAUUUUAUACUCAAAGUUCUCAUCAGGCGCAACCCAAGUCACGUUGAAGUAUUAUCUUAGAAAUUGAGGCCAUUACCUUCGAUUGUUAAGCUUACUAUUGGAAUUUUGUAUCAAGAAGUUUAAAUCAAUGGAUUUUACAUCAUUUUGUCAUA